UCCGCCACCAAAUACCCAACCCAAGCAACGGCAGGGAUGAGCGCACAUAAUCUCCGCUGUAUUCUUCGUGUCCUUUCUGGUUACUGGGCGCGUUUGCGUCCGAGAUCUGGGAGCUGCCCUCUCAGAGCAGAAGUAGAUACGUAAGUCCGCGCGAGCUGUUACGAAAUGUCCGGCCCAGCGCGCGACUAAACGCUCGUGGUGAUCAGGCUCGAGCUCCAUAAAUCGGUGCGUCGCUCUGGGGGCUGGAUUAGGAGCUCGGGUUGAGAUGUUGUGCUUCGGAGAUGCUCUGGAUGUGAGGGAAGCGCCAUGGGAUCGUUGACGCCUCCCACCGCGAGGCCCUUCGGAGGCUGAAGAUCUCGCUCUGAGAAGAACCAGCGCUUGAUGUUCUGACCGCGUAGAUCUCCGCGCCUGUCCAGCCACACAGAGCCCUAGAGCCGUUUUAGCGUCGACUGCUUUCCCGUUGGAGCUCAUUCUAAGGCGGACCCGGCGAGGGUCAUGGUGUGGCGGUGUGUCUGCGCUGAGUUUUGAUGUGCGCACUCUGCUGGAAAAUGGAAACCUCUAGCACGAGGACAUUUUAAAAGGCUCGACUUGUUUUUUUUUCCUGCUCCCUCGUCCGUAGAAAACACCUGGAGCUACGUUAUAACGAGCGACAGCCAGAUGUGAAAGUGGACGUGCGAUGCGUCCUGCUGGGUUCCUCUGAUCUUUGGGACUGUUUGGGGAAAUAAAAGGAAGAAAACAUUGCCUUUAAGAGGGUUCACCAUGCCUACCUCUCGUUCAGGCUCGAGCCCAGUGGAAUACUGGGUCGAUGGCUCUCGUCGAGAUGUUUCCAUGGAGGAGUUCUACACCAUGGGCCCAGAGCUGGGAAGAGGGGCUACAUCGGUCGUGUUUCGCUGUGAGGAGAAGCAAACAGAGAAGCCCUACGCAGCCAAAGUCCUGAAGAAGACUAUCGACAAGAAAAUAGUGAGAACUGAAAUUGGAGUGCUGCUGCGUCUUUCUCACCCAAACAUUAUCCGCCUGAAAGAAAUCUUCGAAACGGAAACAGAAAUCUCUCUCAUUCUGGAGCUGGUGACUGGGGGGGAGCUCUUUGACAGGAUCGUGGAGAGGGGCUACUACAGCGAGAGAGACGCUGCUCAUGUCAUCAAGCAGAUCCUGGAGGCAGUGGCGUAUCUGCAUGAAAAUGGAGUUGUCCACAGGGACCUCAAACCAGAGAACCUCUUAUAUGCAGAUCUUUCAAUAGAUGCACCACUCAAGAUAGCGGACUUUGGCCUCUCCAAGAUAAUAGACGAGCAAGUGACAAUGAAGACUGUGUGUGGCACUCCUGGUUAUUGUGCUCCUGAAAUUCUUCGAGGCAAUGCUUAUGGCCCAGAGGUGGACAUGUGGUCUGUGGGAGUCAUCCUGUACAUACUGCUGUGUGGGUUUGAACCAUUUUUCGAUCCGAGGGGGGACCAGUACAUGUACAGCCGCAUCCUCAACUGCGACUAUGAGUUUGUCUCCCCCUGGUGGGAUGAGGUUUCCCUCAAUGCAAAGGAUUUGGUCAGUAAGCUAAUAGUGCUGGACCCUCAUAAACGUCUGAGUGUGCAGCAAGCACUGGAGCACCCGUGGGUUCUUGGCAAGGCAGCACGCUUCUCCCACAUGGAUACCACACAAAGAAAGCUGCAGGAGUUCAACGCUCGCCGCAAACUGAAGGCUGCUAUGAAGGCCGUGGUGGCCACCAGCCGCAUGCAUGAGGGCUCGAGGCGGCGGACUGACAGCUGCGAGAUUCCAAACUCUGACAAACCCUCUCAGCAGAGCGGCCCGCAGCGAGACGCCUCCAUGGAAGCCCCAGCCAAGCCCAUCACUGCAGACGAAGGUGUGGACAAGGCUGAGAAGAAGGCGGAGCCACUACGUACCCCCAGUCCCCCAAGCCACGCCCCGCACAGCCCCAAACCACAAGUGAUGCCACCAGGUCCUAUGCCCACCCGGCCGCCCCUAAAAGUAGAGGGACUUAGACAGACCUCCGUCCUUCCCAAAGCCCCGGUGGUCCGACCCAGGGUGCCAAAAAAGAGCUGUUCCAUGGAUCCUGGGGGCAAAAGCGGACCCUCGCCUGUUCUGAACACCCCACCCAGCCCCAAGAGCAUCAGCAAUGGCUUCAUUGCUGGGGUAGAGACUGGUAAUAACACAGCAGAAUGUCAGUAAAUGCACAUGAUAUAAAGACAUGUUUGGAUGACACAAACUGUGGGUAGAUGCUGAUGUAGUACAAGGAAAAAAGAGGUGAAUGAGGCCUCAAAACAAAGCUGGGAUUUUUUGGUUUGUUUGUUUUUGUUCAUUUUUGCUUUCAGACAUUUUAAUACUGAACUUUUAGAUAUGCAUCCCUCAUACAAUGAACUGUUUCUGAGAACUUAGAACAUCACCAAGGAUCUCUUACUCCUGAGCACUAAGCUACCAGUACAGUUAAAAACACCAAAAUUACUUUCUUUGCUUUGCAUGCCAAUGCUUAUAUAUAUGAGAGUUGACUUCUGUAUUUUUGCUACUAUAUGCAAGCAUACAGACUUUAUGGCUCAUGCUUAUUUUUCUCUUAUCUAGCACUGAAGUAGAAAGGACAUUGUGGUUGUGAAAUUAAUAUUGUGUAUUGUUUUUGAUGAUUGCUACAAAGACCUAAGGUUUGUAAUUGUAAAUACUCUUUUGAAAUAGACAUUAUAUAUAUAUAUAUAUAUAUAUAUAUAUAUAUAUAUAUAUAUAUAUAUAUAUAUAUAUAUAUAUAUAUAUAUUUACACACACACACAUAUACACUAAUAUUUGAUUUUCCUCAUAAUCAAUUCUCUCCCAUUUGUAUGUAUCUCAUUAUAUUUUCAUAUUUUGAGAAGACAAGCUUUGCCAUGCCUUGAGCAUUAAAUAAGCUUUUCUGCUUAAACCAGUGAUGUGGAGACCAUCUGUGUGGUGAUGAAGAACAGCAUGCUCUCCAUCAUUAUAUGCAGUAGAAUCUGGGCAUUUCUGUAUAUGAAACACAAAAGUUACAAUGAACAGUGGUAGGCAGAGGGAUUCUGGAUCACCACAUAGAUCUCAACACGUCCCUUUCAUUUGAUAUAUUUACUCCUCAUCAUUUCCCCGUGCAGUCAUAAAGCUGUGUGGAAUGCUGAAAAAAACACUCAGAAGUUAAUAUUGAACACAGUUACCUGUAUAAGUUAUGCUGCGUUCCACACCCAUGUUUCUCUGCUGUACGUUCUGAGACGGGGAGAUGCACAUUACUCUCGCACCAGACGUAUGUCUCUAAACCACACUUUCUACCUCUUUUCUGAACAGGGGCUUCCAACCUCUCCAAGAAUAUUCUGGGACAAAAAAACAAGUUAUGCUGUUUAAGCACUGGGAAUUAACAGCAGAACUUAUUGGCAUAAUGGCAGAACAUAAGCCUAAGUGAUGUGCAAGGGCUUGUUUUCUGUACACUGAAUUUAUUUGCCUCUGUGAAAGUGUAAGAACGUAGAAAACUGCUUUUCUAUGUAACCAUUGGCCCCAUACCAUGCUAUUCUGUUGCCAAAACAGGAGCUCUGUACAUAUUGCUGAUAUGCACGGCAAUUAGUCAUCUAUAUGAUUAUGUGUGAUACAUAAAUAUUUUACAAUUACUAUACAUUGCUUAGAUAUGCUAUCUCCAAUAAAUAGCCUACAGGCUGAUGUAGGUGCCAUUUGUGUUUGAUUGGGAGUUCUGUGUUUUCAUGAUUAAUAAAUUGUGAGUUCAGA